GCGGGCUAGGUGAGGCGGGUAGGGUUGGAUUUAUGCCAGAAGGCGCACGGUGCUCGAGCUCGGUCCCGGGGUUUCCCUUUUCCUUCCACCCGCGAUUCGGAGCAGAGGCGACGCUCGUGCUGCAAAAUGGCCAAGCUGAUCCGCGCUGGGGUGUGGUGCGCGCUGCUCUUCGGCUUCCACGCAGUCUUGGCGCAAACCACAGACUUCAAUCUACCCCCCGAAGAUCAGGACUCAUCAGGUGAUGACGACGAUUCUUUCUCUGGUUCUGGGGCAGGUUCUCUGCUGUCUAUGAAUGCCUGGGAUCUUCCACCGCAGGAAAGCAUAAACGUAUCGUUGAUCCCUUCAGUGGCUACUGAUGUGGGCUAUCAUGGACCUGAAGGCCAAGGAACAGAGAGACCUUCAGAAGACCAUCAAAGAGUACCUGUAUCCCCAACAAACAUGCAUGUAUUCCUUGUGAAUGAUCUGGUGACUGAUAAGCCAGUGAUGUUUGUAGAAGAGGAAGCGGACAUAUUCACCAAACAAGCCACAACAAGCUCUGCAGUUGUAACAGCAAGAGUCCCAGUAACUCAUAGUCCUUCCAUGCACACAGUCACUACUUCACACACUUAUAGUACUGUUGGUAUUCUUGAGCCUGAAGUCCACCCUGAUGUCCACCAUGAUAUAAGUAGCAAUGAGAAAGGAGCACCUGCCAGUGAUAUUCUGCCAACAGUUAACAGUCUGAAUUCUACCAGUUCUACCACAACAUCACUGGUUCUCAUCAAGGAUAUAUCCUCUCAGCCUGAAGAAGAGGUUUUGUCACCUGAAGAUGGAUCUGGAGUUGAGGAAGAUUUCAUGUUUAGUGUACCUGAUGAAAAAACAGAAUUUGGAAUAGAAAACAGGAUGGUGGAAGACCGUGGAACAGAAAGCAGAGCAUUCGCUCCUGGAACACCAGAUUCCAAAUCUGCAGGGGCCUCCCAAGGACUUAUGGACAGAAAAGAUGUUCUAGCAGGAGUCAUUGCUGGUGGGCUGGUAGGCCUACUGUUUGCUGGUUUCCUAGUGGGGUUCAUGUUGUACCGAAUGAAGAAAAAAGAUGAAGGAAGCUAUUCACUGGACGAACCAAAACAAUCAAAUGGAGGCUAUCAAAAACCACACAAACAAGAAGAAUUUUAUGCAUGAAUGAACUGAAUUUAAGGACACUUUGUUUGUCGCUUGGAUUUCUCUUCUGUCUCUGGACAUCGCGCGUUCUCGCUGCAUUUUAAAGGGGGAAAAGAAACAAAAAGCCAUAAGACUGAGUGAAAACCUCUGCCCCCUUGCCACUGAGAACGACUAUAUUUUUCCAAAGUCAAUCUGGAUGAAUAAGACCCUUACCUGCUUUCUUGCACAGAGAUCACCUGUAAAAUUGGACAGAGGGGAGGGGGGGGGCUAUCUUUGUCUUAUCUGAGGACUCCUGGGGGGAGAUCAAGACCAGAUUGUAUAUAGCCUUGUUGUCUUAGAAAAUGCUAAGAAAUUAGUACCGUAUAACUUGUGUAUAUUAAAGACCUCCACUCUUCAACCUUUAUUGGCCACAAGUGAAUAUUCUUUUAUGCAUCAGAAAAGCUGCUAUGUGGCUUGAAAAGGAAAAAACUGUGGAAUGGUUAUAUUGCCAAGUCACUUACCUUGCAGCUCAACACGAGAAUCGGGUGAGAAGAGGAAAGUCCCUCCAGAAAGCUGAAACAAUUGUCCAAAGUGGUGAGAUUGCUAACCCUUGGCCCUUGCUAGGCAAGGGUGCAUUUUUCUAGAAUGCCUUGGCAGGGAGAGGGAGAGAGAGAGAUCAAGAGGAGAAAUUUAUACACUGUGCUUUAGAAUCUGAAGCAACACCAACUCCUGGGGAGCGGGUAAUUUGAAAUGUGCACAUUUUUCCAGUUCCUUCUGGUCUUAAUGACGGUGUUAUCCCUGUUUGCAGUUUAUAAAGUCCAUGGUGGCCCUGUUGGGCUACCACUUGGCUAUCUACCUCUUCUGCAUUGUCUCUUCGCGAUAAUGGCUACUUCUCAACUAGAACUCCAAGCUCACCCUAGAACGCAGGGGUGUGGCUCAGAGCCGUACAGGACCAAGCAUGCUAAGAGGUAAUGAGGAACUGUUUCUGCUGCCAACACCCAGGGACUAGAAUCAUAUUAGAUUGGCAAAUAAGUGUAUUUUAUAUAGUAAGUUUCUCUGAGUAUAGGCUCAGCAUGCAGAGCCUAGGGGAGUUAGCAUCUGUUAUGUAAAUUCUUGGCUUUUAUCUCAGUCCAACUUGUGCUGGAGCAUUAACAUACGGUUCGAAGAGCAAACGUCCUCGCAAGCUAUCCUAUGUAGAAGAGAGUGAAUGAUGAAUCAUGUGCCUUCGUCUCCUGUGUGUGCCCAAACUGUAAAACAGGGUCUUGUUGGGAUGUCUAUUGGUGGGACCCUGCCCAUGAAUGUCAGCACUUCCAAAGCAGUAUUUAAACAUUUUAAGAACACUGUGUGCUUAAGCCUAGGAGAGGGGCUGUCUCUUGAAAAUAGUGGCUGAUGUAGAAUAGGUCUAGAUGUAUGAUUUCUGUCAUGUACAGGAUGACAUGGAUGUAAAAUGAUUUAUGCUAAAACAGGUGGGGUUUUUUUGUAAAGGCUUUGGGAUUUGGGGAUUUUUUUUAAAAGACAGAAAAUAUGUAUAGCAAACCACCACAGGCUUUCUUUUCAUUUCACUAUUUACACUUGUUGGCUUGCAACACACUUUUGCUUGUAGGCAAAGGCUGUAGACAGAAAGCCUGCAAAUACACUGAGGUAUUCUGUGUGUAAGGUGAGGGAGCCGGUGGGGGAAGGCCACAGUAAGAACUUUUUUUUCAAGGCCAGCCUAACAAUGUGCAAUGCCUUCUGAGUCCCCCCUGCCCCGAAGACCUUCAUCUUUCUUCCGCUGAUGGACUAAACACUUGUUUCAGUGUGUAAGAUGUGGCUUUCAAACUUGAUCUAAUCAGCACCAAUACCCAUUAUUACCUUUUUACAAUUUUCUUUUAAGUGUUGGUGUGUCCUUUCAUGUUGUGAAAAUAUGACAUUGACAUUCUUGGGCAUAGGAAGUGGCUUGUGUUUGGGAAGACUGACAAUAAAACUAAUUUUUUAACGGUCAAGUGGAAACUGGAAUCCUAGAACUGUAAACGGUGCAAAUGAACUACUAAUUUCCAAAUGCAAGUACUUAAGUUUGGUUCUCUCUUUUUUUGUAUCCCACAACCAUACACAUGCAAUAAAAAGACACUCUGCCAAAUUUAA